GUUCUAAUGUCUGAUUGAAACAUCAGGGGGAGCAAGCAAGAAAGGUGUCAUAUACAUUUUCCCACAUGUGGAGCUACUAUACGACGAGCAGCAGCCGUUUGUACAUACAUAAUAUCCGCAGCGUGGUGUGUGUGUGUGUGUGUGUGUGUGUGUGUGUGUGUAUGUAUAUCGAUGGGUCAACACGUACUAACAACGUAGUAGACGCGGGAUCUGUUUUGCUGCAGCGGAAACUAGCACUAAAAUACGCUUUCCGAUGUCGCGCACACCACACGUCAAAUCCGACAUCGAUGCAGAUGUACCCCAAACAACCGAAGUGUUUUUAUUUAGUGAUGGUGAUGCCCUUGACCUUUUGGUCUGUUUGUGUGUGUUUAUUACGGCGGAAUGGAAGACAUGCACAUUUACUCACCAACAUCCGAAGCUUUACUGCUACUCACUACAUAAGUAAACAGUACUACUACCAUUACGAUUACAAAUAUAUAAAAUGACUGUUUUCAUUCUCUUUGGUGUUGCUCCUCAUGGGCAUGCUAUAUACAACGUAAACUGUUAGUAUGACAUGCAGCAAGGUGGAAGUUUACGUAUUGUA